AUGGAUAUCACCGGCCACCUCAAAAAGGGCGAAGUUAACCUCGGCACCUCCAUCAUGGCCGUCGCCUACGACAAGGGAGUCAUCCUCGGCGCCGACUCUCGAACCACCAUGGGCUCCUACAUCGCCAAUCGAGUCACCGACAAGCUCACCCACCUCUCCGAUCGAAUCUACUGCUGUCGAUCCGGUUCCGCAGCCGACACACAAGCCAUCGCCGACAUCGUCACCUACUACCUCGACAUGUACGCCCUCGAAUCCGACUCCCCUGUUCAGACAAAAGUCGCUGCAAGUCUCUUCCAAGAAAUCGUAUAUCAGAACAAGGACAGGUUGAGCGCUGGAAUCAUCGUAGCAGGUUGGGAUAAGAAGGACGGAGGCAGGGUGUUCAACGUCCCGUUGGGAGGUGGUGUGUUCGAACAACCGUGGGCGAUCGGCGGAAGUGGCAGCACGUAUAUCUACGGCUACUGCGAUGCUACCUGGAAGGCAGGUUGGGGUAAGGAGAAGACGAUCGAAUUCGUCAAGAACGCUUUGGCUCUUGCGAUGAGGAGAGACGGCUCUUCGGGUGGUACCAUCCGUCUCGUAGAUAUCACAGAGGACGGCGUAGAACGUCACUUUGUCCCCGGAGAUCAGCUGCCAGAACUCGCAGACAAGAUUGUAUGA